CGAAGAACAAACUGAAAUGGUUAGGAGCGCUAGAAGACUUGAAAGCAUUUGUGUUAACGGAGAUUGACGAAGAUACAGCAGAAAACACAAACUGGCGACCUCCUAGCGGCGGAACUUGGAAAUUUGAAAGUGAGUUACUGGCUGUUACAUGGCAAACCAAAAGUAUGAAUACAUCCUUUGAAGGAGAAAAGGGCAAAGACCUGACUGAACGAGUAAUUUCAAAUCUGAAGGAAGAAGGUGUGAAAGAACACAACAGCAUCGCCUUAGCUCAAAAUGACACGGAGGACGACGAUGCGAUAUAA